AUGUCUCAACUCUAAAUAUAUAAAUUGAGAGUUUCAAAUGAAACUAAAUCUGCUAUUAAAAAAUCUAUUCUAAAAAGUCCCUAACAAUGUUUAAAUCUUAUUAACAUCAGAUUGGAUUAGGUUGGGAAUUAAAUAAUAAAAGGAGAAUUAAAUAUAAUAUAGUUUCUAAAUAAAAUUGAUACUGCUGGAAAAUUUUUGGAUAUAUUAUCGAAUGAAACUAACAUUUGUAUUAAUAAAAUAGAAUAAGAUGAAUAAAAAGACCUUAAGGAGAUAAAGUUGAAAAAUAAUACAAAAAAUUAGUGUGAACAAAUUUUUUAAUCAAACUUUUUAUUUUAUUUGAUGAUUUAUUUUAAACCUUUAAAGAAUUAUUGUAUAUAGGAAAUAAAAUUGAAAAACAUUAUUAACAAUUUUGGAAAUGUUAAAGAUUUUCAAGAUUUUUAUAAAAAAAUAAAAAAUUACAACAUAUAGAGUUGA